AUGGACGAAGUUGAUCAAGAUCUUCUUCUAUACGCUCGCUCCCAUGCCAUCGCUGCCGAUAGUUCUAGAACUGGCCCAGCCUGGUUCUCACCAGACUUGAGACUUCAUCCAGAAGAGUGGGACGACAAAAUUGACCAUCGAUUCAAAGCAAUGUACAACGAGUUUAAUCACAAUAUUAGGACUCAGAAGCUUGACAUCAGUUUGAAAUCUGGGCGUCUUGCGUACCAGGCCAUGAGAGAGGAAACCACACCACUUGAGGUCAAUUGGUCCAAUUUUCUUCCCGAAGUCCCACGCCAUAAAACCCUCACACUGGAGGAGCCUGUUGAAGCCAAGGAGAGAGACUUAGCCACCGACAAGAAAGAGAAUGGGACUGCUUCUCACCCAAUAUCGGUUCUUACCUCUCCGUCAGACUCACCAGUACCUGGGCCAAUUAUUCCAUACUCAUCCCCAUCACUGCAAGCUAAAGAAUUCCCCACAAGUCCGCAAGAUAUAAGCUUCUAUGAUUUAUUUCCUAGUACACUUGGCUCUUUGCCCGCAUUCAUGGCAUCAAGGGGAGUGAAGUUGACAAACAGUUUAUCGUCAAGCCCAUGCUUUACACCUUCAAAAUCAAAAGAUGAUGAUACCCAGCAAUCAAUACUUGCAAUAUCUUCAACUUCCCGCCAUGUGGCUCUGGGAUCCAUUCCCGGACUGAACCAAUACAAAGCCAUUCCAUUCCCCAAGAAGUCUACAGAAGAUAUAAUCCUUUUUCUGUCUACAAAGCUCCUCAAAAGCCAUGUUCAGAUUAUCCAACAUUUUGAAAAGUACCAAACCCCUCCCAGGAUAAUCUAUCGAGACCACAGUUGCCCUGGAAUACCAUUCAAAAAUGACCCCAGCACAACCUCGCUAUCAGCCCGUAAUCAUGAACUAAAUACCACACCCGAGGAAGCAAACAUAGUUAUAUCAGCAACAACGGGAGUUGUCCUCACAACAAUCCAGGCACUGACACAACUUUAUCUUCCAGGUCAUUCAUCAACUGACCCCCUCGUCCGUUCGAACAAGAAUAUCAACUCCCCCAUCCUGGAGAAGAUCUUCCGUCUAGCUCCCCGUUAUGAGCAAAUCUAUAUUCUCUUCGCUCAUUCUGCGGGACCAGCAAGUACGGUGACAAGCCAAAAUACAACAGUCAAGGUAGACAGACCACUGGAGGAGUCCGUGCGGUCCCUGAAUAUGCUAUGCGCCUCUCUCUCUACUCAAACCACGAUUAUCCCGCUCACGAUCUGUUCCGAUCAGUCAACAAUGGCAGAAUGCAUCCUCUCUCUGGCAUGCAAACAUGCUCCCAACAUCAAAUCAAUUCAUCAAUUCACAACCAUUCCUUCUGAGAGCAACACCCAGCUUAAGCUGCAGCAACUGAUAAAAGAAGACGAGACAAGCUUUGAGAUAUCUCUCCGUCAAUCAGGGCUCAACCCAUUUGCCGCGCGAGUGGUGCUAGACUUGAUGGAGCUUCAGCAGCGAUCUGAGGCCUACUUCAAUAUUGAAAAGUACCAGGGAUCAGCAAGAUCACAUGUUGACGAGAAUGAAGCCAUGUCAUACGCAUUGGCUGCGUUCAUUGACAUGACACAUGCGGAACGAAUGGAUAUGUUUAAGGAUUGGAUCGGGGAGCGUGUGUUGAUUAGACUAUGCCAUGUGCUCAGGAAGAGCGGAAAGGCCAGGAGCAGAGAUUAG